AUGUUUGCACGGUCUGCUCACCUUUUACGGCCCGCUCUUGCAAGGCUCUAUGCGACUCCCCCGCAUCCCUCUACCCUUCUGUACCUAGAACAUGCGAGCGGGAAGCUCACAGGGGGAACCCUGUGUGCCCUCACAGCGGCCAAGCUUCUCGGCGGUGAAAUAACUGGUGUUCUCAUGGGCUCCCAGACAGAGCUCGACGCAGUAUUACCCCAAGCUAGAAAAUUGGAUGGCCUGACAAAGAUUCUGACAUCGAGCUCUCGUUUAUAUGUGCAUUCGGUCCCGGAAACCACUGUUCCUUUCUUCCAGAAGUUGGUCCAAGACCGGGGAUAUACUCACCUCUUCUCCUCAACGUCUUCCACUUCAAAAUCUUUUCUGCCACGCUUGGCAGCUCAACUUGACGUUCAGCCUAUCUCAGAUGUGACGUCCAUCAGCGUUGAAUCGGGUGCCGACAUCUAUACACGGCCAAUCUAUGCAGGCAAUGCAAUUUCCACAGUCAAGCCCACUUCCGACGGUCUCCGCAUUGUCACAGUGCGGAGUACUGCGUUUCAACAGUCUGGCAUCGGCUCUUCCGAUGUAGCCGUAGAAGACAUUGCACCAGCUGAGCCGUCCGAAGUACAAGCGGAACAUCUGAAAACCAUGACCACCGAGAGCACGCGGCCGGAAUUGGGCUCCUCCGAUAUAGUUAUAUCCGGCGGUCGCGGUCUGAAGAGCCGCGCCAAUUUUGAUGCAACACUUACACCGUUAGCCGAUAGACUGGGUGCUGCCAUCGGCGCGAGCCGGGCCGCUGUGGACGCUGGCUAUGCCGACAAUAGUUUACAGGUUGGCCAGACAGGCAAAAUUGUUGCUCCAUCUCUUUACAUAGCAAUUGGCAUCUCUGGGGCAAUCCAACACCUCGCUGGGAUGAAAGAUUCCAAGUUCAUCGUCGCGAUCAAUAAGGAUCCGGAUGCUCCCAUUUUCCAGGUUGCGGAUGGUGGACUGGAGGCAGAUCUUUUCGACGCGGUGCCCGAGCUUCUCACAAAGUUGCCAGAGCGAAAGUAGUGAAGGAAAGAUGUGCAAACCUUGUUUGUUCCAUGAGCAGCCUUCUGUAAAAAAUGCGACACCUAUACAAGUCAAACCGCCUAAAAACUUAGGAUAUUUACAUUGUACAUAGCUCUCCAAGUUGAC